AUGAUAUCGAAUCCUGGAACCCCGAUCACCCCGGCCUUCUCGAACGCCGCGCGACAAGACUCGCAUCCCUCCUCGCCCUUAACAGAUGCUGAUCAAGAUGUGAGAAUGACAACGGACAAUGGCGCGAGCGGCGUUCGGGACAAGGAAGAGCAGUCGGCCGCGGCUGUAGAAGAUGAGGAAGACAUGGACGUCAAGGCAAAGGCAUUAAUGCAUUUGUUGAAUACCAGCGAGGUCUUUGUCGCGAUUAUGGCCGAGAAGAUGAAGAAGCAACAAGAAGAGGCCAAGCUUGAGGCCACGAGAAAGCAACAGCAAGAACAACAACAGAAGGAUGAUACCGGAGGAAGCAAGAUAGCUUCUGCGACGACUGGAAAGAGAGAGACGCGGGCCAAUGCAAGACACAAGGAAACAGCAGAGCGCACGGAUGAGAUCGGACAGAAGGAUGAGCCGGCAACCAGGUCAAAGAGAGGGCGUGGCAGAAAGGCAGCACCCGCUGCCAAGGGCAGCACAAUCUCCAGCUACUUCAAGAAGGCGGACGUGAAUGUUGACGAGGCCAAAAAUACCACUGUUCAAGAAGCUCUGGAGUAUGCGGCGGAUGAAUUCGAGGCCAACCCUACCGUUCUUGGUGAGCAGGAGCUCGUCGCCACGCAACAACCCGCGCCUGUCACUGGAGGCAAGAUGAGGAAAUAUCAGCUCGAAGGGUUAGAGUGGAUGAAGUCCCUGUGGAUGAACGGCUUGUGUGGUAUUCUUGCGGACGAGAUGGGCCUCGGAAAGACCGUUCAGGCAAUUUCCCUGAUUGCCUUCUUUAAGGAGCACAAUGUUUCUGGGCCGUUCCUGAUAGCAGCACCGCUGAGCACCGUAAGCAAUUGGGUGGACGAGUUUGCCAGGUGGACACCUGGUAUCAAGACGGUCUUAUACCACGGCUCCAAAGACCAACGCGCGGAGCUGAGGAGAAAGUUUAUGAGCAUGAGAAACCAGAAGGAUGCGGAUUUUCCUGUGAUCUGUACGUCUUACGAGAUUUGCAUGAAUGAUCGGAAAUUUUUGGCGCAAUACCAAUGGCGCUAUAUCAUUGUGGAUGAGGGUCACCGGUUAAAGAACAUGAACUGUCGACUCAUCAAGGAGUUGCUCUCCUAUAAUUCUGCGAACAGGCUCCUCAUCACUGGUACUCCGCUACAGAAUAACAUUACUGAACUAUGGUCUCUUUUACACUUCUUACUGCCCGAGAUCUUCAAUGAUCUCAACAGCUUCCAGAAUUGGUUCGAUUUCUCAUCCGUACUAGACAACAAUGGUCAGACAGAUAUUAUUGAACGUCGAAAGCGAACUCUGGUCUCCACGAUGCACUCGAUUCUGAAGCCGUUCCUUCUCCGACGCGUCAAGACUGAUGUCGAAACUGCUCUCCCGAAGAAGCGGGAGUAUAUUCUCUACGCGCCCCUGACUGCCGAGCAAAAAGACCUCUAUCGCGAGAUUCUCAACGGGACUGGCCGCCAAUACCUUGAAGGGAAGGCAACAGAACGGUUGAUGGCUCAGAGCGGGACGUCAUUACGAUCAGCAAGCCGGAAGCGCAGUGCAGAGAGUAGUGGUGUUUCUACACCUAACAAGAGUCUCAGGUCUAGCCGUGAUUCGACCCCUGGAAGUAGGGCUAGCUCUGUUCGUCGGCGAAGAGCGCCUCAGACCUACAAGGAGAUUACUGACCGCGAGUUCAAUGCGAAGCUGCGGAAUCUGGAGCAGGGAAUUGAGGAAGAUUUGGAUAUUGAAAGUAUCGAUGAGUCGGAGCAAGAAGAGCUCGAAAGGGCAAACACUAUCAAGCUUGCCAAGAGAGAAAUCGCUCAGAAGAAGAUGCAAAACCCCGUAAUGCAAGCCCGACUAGCCUGCAACUCGCCACAUAAUUUCUACUGGCCCUGGGGAGACGACCCAUCCGCCAUCGACGAAUCCCUCAUCACAGCCUCAGGGAAAAUGCUCCUUCUCGACCGCCUCAUCCCGUCCCUCCUGAAAAAGGGCCACAAGAUUCUCAUCUUUUCCCAAUUCAAGACCCAGCUCGAUAUCCUCCAAGAUUGGGCCACCCACCUGCGCUCCUGGAACUGCUGCCGCAUUGACGGCGCAAUCAGCCAGGCAGACCGCCAGGCCCAGAUCAAGGCCUUCAACGCGGACAAGGACUACAAGAUAUUCCUUUUAUCCACCCGCGCUGGCGGACAAGGGAUCAACCUCGUCGCCGCGGACACGGUUAUCCUCUACGACUCCGAUUGGAACCCACAGCAGGAUCUCCAGGCGCAGGACCGAGCACACCGAAUCGGACAGACGAAGCCCGUCAUCGUUUACCGCCUCGCGACCAAGGGUACAGUUGAGCAAGCGCUUCUCGAAAAGGCAGACUCAAAACGCCGUCUUGAGCGUCUCGUCAUCCAGAAGGGCAAGUUCAAGAGUCUCCUCAAUGAGACGAGCCGAGACGACAUUGACGAGCUGAAGAUGGCUCUUGGUGAGGAUGAGUUUGAGCUCUUUGAGGCCGGCGCGGAUUCAGCUUCGAUCCUCUCCGAUGAGGAUUUGCGGAUUCUUACGGAUCGCAGUGAGGAGGCGUAUCUGCGCGCUGAGAAGGGUCUUGAGACUGCCGGGCGGGCGUUCAAGGCUGUCGAGACAAAGAGGGAUGGCACAGGGCUUAUGGAGCAGCUUACGGCGAAAUAA